AUGGCAUUAGCAGGAAGUCACUUUGGCGGCCAAUGGGGCUCAUUCGCCAUCGCAGCAGACUCUUUCAACUUGUCCAUGACAGACCAUGUUAUUCGCACAUGGGCAGAUCUCGGCGAACUCGAUGAGUUCUACAACAUUGAUAUGGCCCCGCGCAGGUACCAAGCCUUGACGACAUACCAUAAGAGCGAGAAAGAUCUUCUUAGCGAAAUUGACUUUGAGCAUCUCGAUCAAGAAGGCAAAGUCGACUAUAUCAUGCUCAACACAUACCAUACUCGUCAACUCAACAAUCUCGAUCUUCAGAAAGCCUCUAAGGAGAAAUAUGAUCCUCUGCUGCCGUUUUCGGAUGAUCUUAUUGGGAUGCUUGAGGCGCGUCAGGAUGUCGAUCCGAUGAAGGCCAAAGAAACAGCUGGUUUGCUAAACAACAUCACCAAGUCCAUCACCAAAGUACAGACCAAUGUACAAGACGGCGGUUUCAAUGUUACCGAAACAACAGGAUAUCUUGCGAGUAAAGCCAUCACCAAUCUUCUUGAUCUCUUAGGCGAGUGGUUCGCGUUUUACUCAACAUAUGAUCCUCUAUUUGACUUCUGGGUUACAACACCUUGGCAGGCGGCGAAUACCUCUCUGACGAGCUAUCUCGACGUUGUCCAGACAAAACUGGCUGGGAUGAACCAAAAGGAUGGUGAGGAUGCUAUCGUCGGCGAGCCUAUUGGACGUAAAGGACUGGAAGUCGAACUUGAAGCCGAGAUGAUUCCCUAUACACCGGAAGAACUCAUCAAGAUUGGAAAUCAAGAAUUCGCAUGGUGUGAAAAGGAAAUGAUCAAGCAAUCUGAAGCUCUCGGCUACGGGAAGGAAUGGAAGAAAGCCCUCGAACACGUCAAAAAUGACUAUGUCGAACCCGGAAAGCAAACGGAACUUGUCCGCGACUUGGUCGUCGAAGGAAGUCUCUUCGUCACAGAGCGCGAUCUCGUCACCAUCCCCCCUUUGGCAAACUCAACAUGGCGCAUGACAAUGAUCAGUGCAGAGCAACAGAAAGUUUCACCAUUCUUCCUCGGAGGUCCAGUCAUUCAAGUCUCCUACCCCGUUUCAUCAAUGGAGCACGAUUUGAAACUCAUGGUUAUGCGUGGUAAUAAUAAGCAUUUCGCUCAUGCGACAGCUUUCCACGAGAUGUUCCCUGGCCACAGACUGCAGCUGUACAUGGCAGAUCGGUACAAUUCCCAUAGAAAAGAAAUCUUCGAUACACCCUUCUUCGUCGAAGGCUGGGCAUUGUACUGGGAAUUUCUGUUCUAUGCACGGGAUGAUUUCCAUAAAUCUCCUGAGAAUAGGAUCGGUGCACUUUGGUGGCGUAUGCAUCGCUGUUUGAGAAUUAUUUUCUCGCUGAAAUUUCACUUGGGAGAGAUGACGGCUCAAGAGGCUGUUGAUUUGCUCGUUGAGAGGAUCAACCACGAGAGGAGUACAGCUGAGGGUGAGGUCAGACGAUCUGUUGAGGGGACUUAUUCGCCCCUUUAUCAAGCUGGAUAUAUGCUUGGCGCGCUUCAACUUUGGAAGUUGAGGGAAAUGGCUGUUGAUAGUGGAAAGAUGACGCAAAAGGAGUAUCAUGAUGCUAUUUUGAAGACUGGUGGGCUGCCGAUUGAGAUGGUCAAGGCAUUGAUUUUGAACGACGAGCUUACGAGGGACUUCAAAGCGGGAUGGAAGUUCUAUGAUUUCGAUUAA